AUGGAUUAUCAUCCAGGAAAGGCAAAUGUCGUAGUAGACGCAUUGAGCAGAAAAGUAGCGGUUGAAUUACAGGCAAUGUUUGCUCGGCUUAGUAUUAAUGAUGAUGGAAGUUUGUUAGCUGAGUUAAGAGUCAAGCUGAAUCGUAUUUGUAUCCCAGCUACUUUUGAGAUUAAAAAGGUGAUUCUCUUAGAAGCACAUGAUAGUACUUUUACUUUACACCCUGGUGGAAUGAAGAUGUAUCAUGAUCUACGAGAACUGUAUUGGUGGCCAGGAAUAAGGAAAGAUAUAGUCGAUCAUGUUGGUUUGUUACAGCCCAUUACUAUUCCCGAGUGGAAAUGGGAUUGCAUUACCAUGGAUUUUGUUACAGGAUUGCCAUUGUCAGUGAGUAAAAAGAAUGCCAUUUGGAUGGCUCCAUAUGAAGCACUAUACGGUCGAAGAUAUCGAUCACCAGUAUGUUGGACAGAAUUAAAAGAAAGAAAAGUGAUUGGACCGAAAUUGAUUCAAGAGACAGAGGAAACAGUUAAAAAGAUUAAAGAUAGACUGAAAGCCGCACUCGACAGACAUAAAUCUUACGCAGAUUUGAAACGACGAGAUAUUGAAUAUUCCUUUGGUGAUAAAAGAUAUAGAUCGGAUCCUUCUCAUAUCCUUCUCACUGAAGAAAUUGAAAUUCGAUCUGAUUUAACUUAUGAAGAAGAGCCGGUUCAGAUACUGGCUCGAGAAGUGAAAGAAUUAAGAAAUAAACGUGUUCCUUUAGUUAAAGUUUUAUGGAGAAGUCAUAGUGUGGAAGAAGCGACUUGGGAACUAGAAGAGACAAUGAGAGAACAAUAUCCUCAUCUCUUCUCAGGGGCCAAAUGGGCAAUUAUGUCAAUUGCCAAAUUUGAGGCGGCAUAA